AUGAAGUUCUCUACCAUCUUCCUCAUAAUCACCUCCGUGGCUACUGCCAUGGCCGCUGCUCUUCCUGAGCCUGAAGUCGAGAUAUCCGGCAAGCUUGUUUCUCGCGAUGAGUUCGAGCUUGCUAUUCGUCAGGCGGGAUGCUCUGCUUGGACUCAAGCAUUUAUGGAUCAGGACCAUCUGCUAGCUUUCGGGUACCGAAACCUGUGA